AUGAUGGUGUGCAUGUGGCGCGUGUUGCAGAGGGGUUCCGCGUUUGCCUCGCGGCUCCGGGAGCAGGACUGGGCGCGCGGGUUGGCGGGUCUUUCAGUCAGAUAUUACACUACCAAGACAGCACCUCACAUACCAGGCAUGGAGUACCAGGAUGCCAUUUACACUCUGAACACCCUGCAGACCAAUGCCAGCGCUCUGGAGCAGGUACGACGAGAGCGGAGCCACCCUCAGUUGCAGCUCCAGGCUAUGAAGGGCUUCUUGGAGCGAGCCGGCCUCACAGUGGAGGAACUAGACCAUCUCAAUAUUAUUCAUGUGACGGGAACAAAGGGCAAGGGGUCAACGUGUGCUUUCACUGAGCAGAUUUUGAGAAGUUACGGAUUCCGCACAGGAUUUUACAGUUCCCCCCACUUGGUACAAGUCAGGGAGAGGAUUCGAAUCAAUGGACAGCCCAUUGGAAAAGAGCUCUUCACUAAAUACUUCUGGCAGGUUUACGGACGGCUGGAUGAAACCAAGGAUGCCCACGGAGGGACGAUGCCGGCAUACUUCCGUUUCCUCACUAUUUUGGCCUUCCACGUGUUUCUUAAGGAGAAGGUGGAUCUGGCUGUAAUUGAAGUUGGAAUUGGUGGAGCGUAUGACUGCACUAAUAUUAUAAGGAGGCCGUGGGUGUGUGGCAUCUCCUCUCUGGGUAUAGACCACACUCAAAUUCUUGGAGACACCAUUGAAAAGAUCGCAUGGCAGAAAGGAGGCAUCUUUAAGCCGGGGGUUCCUGCCUUCACAGCCAGACAACCAGAAAAUGCCAUGGCAGUGCUCAAGGACAGGGUCAAAGAGACAGCAUGCCCUCUGUGGGUGUGUCCAGAGCUGGAGGACUAUCAGACGGACUGUGGACCUUUGCAUCUGGGCCUGGCGGGGUUGCACCAGCACUCUAAUGCCUCCCUGGCCCUCCAGCUGAGUCACACUUGGCUGCAGAAAAGAUGUCUAUUAGAUAAGAACUUUCCUCCCACCAGUGCUGAGAACACAGGUGUACUCCAGGCCACUUCCUUCAAGCCCAGCCCCAUCAUGGUGAAAGGGCUGGCGGACACGGAGUGGCCUGGAAGGAAUCAGACUCUGAAACACGGAGCAGUCACCUACUUCCUGGAUGGGGCUCACACCAUGCGCAGCAUGCAGGCCUGUGUACACUGGUUCAGAGAGAUUGCAGCGCAGCAUGAAAGGAGCGCAAGUGGCCCCGUGGCCAGAGUUCUUCUGUUCAAUGCCACAGGGGAGAGAGAUUCAGCAGCCAUGCUAAAACUGCUGGUGCCGUGUCAUUUUGACUUUGCUGUGUUCUGCCCAAACAUCACUGAAGCCAUCGCCUCCUGUAAUGCAGACCAGCAGAACUUUAACGUCUCGGUGGAGAACAUGUUGACUCGCUGCUUGGACAACGAGAAGAGUUGGCGUCUUCUUCACAGCAAGGGGGGUCACGAAGGUUUGCAGCUGCUGAUCGAGGACAGCCUUCCCCUGGUCCCUGAAAAGAAAGCAGAGACCCUGGUCUUCCCCUGCAUCCUCAGCUCCUUGCAGUGGAUUACCCAGGGCAGGGAUUCAGUGCUGGCAGACCCAGCCAAGACCGGCUUAGCGGUUAAACCCAGCAUCAUGGCCAAAGCUGCUCCACUCUGCGACGCAGCCGAGAUCCACGUCCUCAUCACCGGGAGCCUCCACCUGGUGGGAGGAGUACUCAAACACCUCGACCCAACUUCCUCUAAGUAACUGGGAUCAUUUAGACAGUUUGAAUAAUAAAUGGGUGCUCUGCUAAAAAGAUCAUUUCUGUCUGUAUAGAUGAGGGGUUUUGUAGUGCCAGCUUUUUUUAUUUUAUAUGUUUACCUGAAUGCCUUUAUAUGGAAAAACUGAAUUAGCUGCACCCAGGAAUCGUUGUAGUCUUGGUAGCUUCUCUACAGCAGAUGACGCCAAGAGUCAGCCAGUUUGGACCAAGGCAGCUCUGGGCUUCAAAGCAAGCCUCAGCUUCACACAGAGCCUUAAAGGUGACCACACAAACGUGUGGAGCCCACAUCUUUAAGUCUUACAUGAAAGCCAGAUGUGUUUACAAUGAACUGCAGAGGGUACAUUCAUGUACAUGUGUGUGUGUGUUCUUCAGUGAUGCCACCUGGAUGAACUGAAGUGGUACAAUGGUUUUUACUUUUACAUGAUAAUACAUUUAUGCAAACAUGGCAGUUUAAUGGCCACCAGAAAGUGCUACAAGGAAAUUUUUUUUUUUUUUUUUUUUUUUUUUACAUAUGUGUGAAACACUUGACUCUUACCUUUCACUCUGUUUUUUUUUGUUGUUGUAAUUUUAAAUGAAAACCAGUUUGCACAGCUUCUUUUAUUUUGUCACUCUUUGAUAGUGUGCGUCAUCCACAUGGCCUCGUUAUUUCUGCGUUGUACAUGUUUGAAUAUUCUAACACUACUGCUGGCAUCAGGUGAAUUCAUGUAACUGACAAUCCGAGUUAGUGUCACGUAUUUUACACUGGAAUUAUAUUUAAUUUGUCCUUAAUUUAAAUCUAUAUUAUCUAUAUUAACCAUGAUACAUGUGGUAAUUGUAUGUACGUAUAAUGGUGAAAGACAUUGUAACCUUCAUCUGAGUCUUAGUGUUGUCAUGGCAAUCCAUCUAGUGAAGCAGACCUGACGGAGGUCCUCUUCUUCUCAGGUGGUUCAGCCACAUCCCUUCACCCUCUGACCUCUCUUUUUUUUUUUUUUAAUUCACUUCCAGUAUAAAAUAAACUACACUGACUUUUUUUUUUUCCCCUUCAAGAACUAAAAAGCACUUAAAUCGAACAUACCAUUGUAAGCAGUGCUCACAGUCAAUUAAAAAAAUGUGUAUAUAUGGAAAUUUUGAAAAAUUUUGAAGAUUUAAUUCGUUCACUGUUAUUUUAUUUUGUGUGUGUGUGUGUGUAUGUGUAUAAAUCCUUGUGCUCACCACAGACAAGCAGACCUUAGACUCUAAUAGAGCAUGUUUUAGACAUAUUUGUAGAGUUUUGACACUACCUGGAGACAGAUCUCUGUCCAUUCUGCUUCUGUAAGACUUGCAGAGAGACAUUGGCUGAUGAGCCAUGUGAAAAGAGAAACAUAAAACAUCAAGGUUAAAACCACAAAUGUGGUUUUAUGUGGCAUGUGAACAGACAACAUGCAUAUAUGUUCCUUCUUGCUGAUGUUGCCAUCACUUGGGAUUACUACAUCUAUCACUACGUCCUUCUUCUGCUGUUUGUCCACCACUGCUAUGUCAGCUUGGUUAGCCAUUACCAGUUUGUCAGUCUGUGUCUGGGAGUCCCAGCUAAGGAUCUUAGCUCAGUCAUUAGCUCCACCACCUUCAGAGGUGCAUCCAACGCCAAUAUAUACAGACCAACUAAAACACACAGGGAGAGGUGGAAGCUUUCAUGGACAGUGUUUGGUGCUUGUUCCUUCAAAGACAGAACAGAUUUGCAGUUGUACUUGUUGCUGUGGUUCAGCAGAUGGAGCUGUUUGUCUCAUUAAAAUGUCCAGCCCCCCGCCCCCGCCUAAAUCUGACCCCGCCCCACUCCACAUGCUGCAGCGCGGGGGGGGGGGGGGGGUGGU